AUGCUUAACCUUGUGUUAUAAUAAUUUCCAUGGAUAGUCUGAUUUAGUUUUUUUUCCAAUGGCAAUAGUUCUUAGAUCACUUCAUUUUCUGAUACUUCUUUCAGUUCUUUGUAUUUCGGCCAGUAUUCCCUUUGCCCUUGCUCAAGAUGAAAACGAAUUCAUCUACAAUGGCUUCCUUGAAGCAGAGGAUCUGCGUCUUGAUGGAGCGGCAGCAAUCGACCACACUAAUGGCCUAUUGCAGCUAACCAAUAACCUUUCACCCCAACAAGUUGGUAGGGCUUUCAAUCACUUUCCAAUCAAAUUCGAUACACCUUCAUCACUUUCAUUUUCUACAAACUUUGUGUUUGCCAUAGUUCCACAUUUGCAAAAUCUUGGUGGUCACGGCAUUGCUUUCGCCAUCAGUCCCUCGACAAACUUCACAGGCCGAGGUCUACCAAAUGGGUAUCUGGGGCUCUUCAAUGAUUCAAAUGACGGCCUUUCAAUAAACCGUAUUUUGGCCAUCGAGCUUGAUACUGUUCCGGACCCUGAAUUUGGAGAUAUUACAUCGAAUCAUGUGGGAAUCGAUGUGAACGGCAUGAAAUCAAAUGAAUUAGCUCCUGCAAUGUAUUUUUCCAAUAAAGAAGGGAAGAAUAUAAGCUUGGAUCUCCUGAGUGGGAAUCCAAUGCAUCUUUGGAUAGACUAUGAUGAAGCAGAAAAGUUGCUGAAUGUAACACUUGCCCCAACAAGGAUCCCAAAACCAAAUCGGCCUCUAUUGUCAACUUCCAUUGAUCUGUCUCAAAUUCUCAAGGAAUCCAUGUAUGUUGGUUUCUCUUCGGCCACAGGUACAAUUGGGAGUGACCACUAUAUUCUUGGAUGGAGCUUUAAUAAAAGUGGACCAUCACAAAGCCUCGAUGUUUCAAGCCUUCCUCCACUUCCAGAGAGGAGGAAAGAGAAACCAAGCCUUGUGAUCAUCACUUCUCUCAUAGCAGUAGCGAUUGUGCUGAUAACCCUCGCUGGAGCUGUUGCUUAUAUAUUGAGGAGGAAGAAAUAUGAAGAGCUACUAGAAGAUUGGGAAGAGGAGUACGGCCCCCACAGGUUCAGCUAUAAGAAUCUCCACAAAGCAACUAAAGGUUUCAAAGACACGGAGCUUCUUGGAGAGGGAGGCUUUGGAAAGGUUUAUAUAGGAAUACUUGCUUCGUCUAAUGUUCAAAUUGCAGUGAAAAGAAUCUCCCAUGAUUCCAAACAAGGGAUGAAGGAAUUUGUGGCUGAGAUCGUUAGCAUGGGAAGAUUGAGGCAUAGGAACUUAGUGCAGCUCCUUGGCUAUUGCCGGCGAAGGGGAGAACUCCUCUUGGUCUAUGAUUAUAUGCCCAACGGAAGCCUUGACAGGUUCUUAUAUAGCAAUGAAAAUCCAAACCUUAGCUGGGUUCAACGAUUUCGAAUAAUCAAAGGAGUAGCAUCUGGCCUUCUUUACCUCCAUGAAGAGUGGGAACAGGUUGUUCUACACCGAGAUGUAAAAGCAAGCAAUGUUCUUUUGGAUGCUGGAUUAAAUGGAAGGCUAGGAGAUUUUGGCCUUGCGAAAUUAUACGACCACGGUACCAAUCCCCAAACCACCCGUGUGGUUGGGACGGUAGGUUAUUUGGCUCCGGAGAUUACUAGAACAGGAAGGGCAACCACUUGCAGUGAUGUGUUUGCUUUUGGGGUUUUCUUGCUCGAAGUGGCCUGUGGAAGGAAGCCGAUAGAGGGCCUGAGACUGCCUGAACGGGUGAUUUUGGUUGAUUGGGUCACUGAGUGUUGUAGAAGAGGAGCUAUCCUGGAUACUAGUGAUCCUAGAUUGGAAGGUAAUUAUGUGGUGGAUGAAAUGGAAUUGGUUUUGAAAUUAGGCCUUCUUUGCUCGCUUGCAAUGCCAGCUGCUAGGCCUAGCAUGAGGCAAGUGGUGCAGUUUUUGGAUGGUGAUGCUGAUCUGCAGGAAUUACCACAUGACAGUCCUAUUUUUGGUACAUUUACAACUAACGAAUCAUCUGAUUCCAUGUCAUUUCUUUCCCACGCUUCUACUCGUUCCAUGUCUACCACUAAUUCAAUCCUAAGAGUUGGUCGUUGAAUUGGUUGUCUCGUGCAAUGGGUAGUGAUAGCAGUUCAUGUAGGAGAAGGAUGCUUGGAUAUAAGGGAAGCAGCAGAUCAGAUCGAUUGCUAACGAGAUUAUCAAGAAGGAGAAGGAUCAGCACAGUCGAGAAAGAAAGAUGAUGAGUUAUUGUGAAGAGACCAAUCAAUAAAGGAUAUCUAUCUUUAUCUUAUCUUUAUGUAUUACGUCUAUCAGUAGCUUAGUUUAUCUUUUUCUUUAUUCUUUUUUUUUCUUUUCUUUUUUAGAUGUAGCUUAGUUUAUCAUGUU